AUGGCUGUGUCGCCAACCACCACCACCCAGCCCGCCGAGGCCCAGAAAGUGGAAGCCAACACCAACAAUGCUGCUGCCGUCCCCAAGAAACGGAGAAGAAGAGCACCGGCUACGGGUGCCACCGAGGACUGCUUUGCUUGCAAGAAACGUCAAGUGAAGUGUGACAGACGGCGUCCGUACUGUGGGCAGUGUGUUGAGAUUGGGAAAGAAUGCUCAGGAUACCGUACCACUCUGACCUGGGGAGUGGGAGUUGCCAGUCGUGGAAAACUGCGAGGCAUGUCUUUGCCAAUUGUUAAAUCACCUGCUGUGGCUACAACCCAGGAGCCGAAAACACAAGCACGAGCCAUUACCACAACAACUUCACCUACCAAGGCGCCGGCUACCAACACACAACGACACCCAAAUAGUUUCAAUGGUCGAGGAAGCAUUGAUUUUAGUGCCCACUCACCAACGAGUCCCAUCAGCCCUACCAUGUAUUCGGCACCGCAAGAAUUCCAAUACCUAGGCCCUACUAGCCCAAUACCCAUACCCUCCCCUUCUACACCUAUGGGCUAUCCAAUGCCGCAGCAUGGAGAGUACUUCGACCUUUCAAACCUACAUUCAUCCAAGUUCAGGCGAGCCACAAUCCACAGGGGCCCUUUGCAAAGACUACAAACGUCCCUUCACAUGCCAUUCGAGGAGAACGGGCUUUCGGCUUCAUCUGCAUCACUAGGCACCUAUAGUGACAGUGACAUGCCAUCGCCUAGCGAGUUCCCACAUACGCCGGUCGAUGAAUUCCCGUUCGCAGACCCUUCCAUUCCGCGGUAUUCGUACAAUUCCCACGAUCAGCAAUCAAUGGGUUCCACGGACCAUUACUUUCUUCACGAGGCACCUCGUUCAUUACCGACCGCCGACGACAUGAGCUCGAGUGUAAGCUCCGAUCAGAGUCUACGUGACUACGCCGAAGUCAGCUCCACCCAGCAGAGUAUGGAGCCGGCUUCUUAUCCAGAUAUGUUUGUGGAGGGAGAAAUGAGUUCAAGUUUCAAUGGAUUUCAACCUGGCUUUUCCUUUCUCCCGUCGGAGGGUAUGUCUUCCUAUGGCUCCGGCCCCCUGUCUGCAGACGUACUGUCGCUCACCACUUCUAUCCCUCAGAGUCUUACUAUCGCUACGCCCCUUUCCCCGCGGAUGCUAUACCUUCUGGACUACUACGACAAAUUUAUAUGCCCGGUACUGGUGGCUUUUGACAGCCCGACGAACCCCUACCGAAUGCACAUUAUGCAUCUGGCCAUGAGGAACGCGGAGCUCCAGAAUGCUAUCGCUGCCCUGGCCACGAACAACAUGCGCAUGCGCGGAGGAAUCGAGGGCCGUCGCUUGAGUGUACCCCAGGAUUAUCGCCUGAUACCCGAUCACGCUUAUUCGCAGAUGACGACACAGGAGCUGCGCGAGAUGCAUGGCGAAGCAUCGAACGAAGAGAAACACUACAAGGCUGCAUCUAUUGCCUUACUAAAUAAGAAACUGGUAGAUUUCGACGGCUCGCAGGAUGACUCCGUACUUGCUACGCUACUGAUGCUUUGCUUGUUCCAUGUAUGCGACUCGGGCUUUACGAAAUUCAAGACUCAGCUUGCCGGCGUGCAGAAGUUGCUAAGUCUACGGGACAGAAGCGUGCAGUCGGACUUUGUGGGGUGGAUCGAAACUUUCUUCACUUGGUUCGAUGUCAUGACCGCUGCUGUCAAUGAUCGUGAGAUCGAAGUACGAGGAGACUCCCUUGACAUGAUGAAUCUAGGUAGCAACUUGGGUGCGCUAGAGCAUCACUCCGGCUGCGAAGGACGUUUGUUCAAGCUCAUCGCACGAUUGGGCAGGCUCAAUCUACUGAGCCAGAAUCGGCCUGUACGCGAAAACGACGACACGCCCACAUCAUCACCACGGCCCAAGAAAGCAAAGGACUUUUACUCCUUUAGCUUCGCCAACAUGGAUGGUAAUGGAUGGGGAACUCCCAUCUACGACACACCAAAUUCAUUUCCGCCACAGCGCGAGGACCCGCGCUCAGCAUUCUGGACAGAGUGGAACGACGUACGGAGCCGACUACAGGAGUGGGAGUUUCCUUCUCCUGGUGACUGUCAUACUGCCUCCUGCGAAGCAACGUCAUCCAUGCUCGCCAUGUCUCCAGCACAAGCGGCCCUCCUUCACAUAAGCGAAAGCUUCCGCUACGCAGCGCUCCUCUACACGGAGCGCCUGGCCCACCCGACCCUUCCUGCCGGCGCGCUCAAUCUUCAGAACCUAGUAUCACAAGGCCUCUACCACAUCUCCCAGAUAGGCAUCACGUCCUGCGUGAACAAGUUCUUACUCUGGCCACUAUUCAUCGUCGGCACGGAGUGCGUGGACCCCGAGCACCGCGCCGUCGUGCGACAGCGGUGCGUCGAAAUUCAACGUGAGAGCGGCUUCUUCAACAACCUCAGCGGCCUGGAAGUCCUCGAACGUGUGUGGCGUGAGGACGAUGAAUGGUCGGACAACGACAUACAGGUACCAAGGCAAAACGGGCCGUUUAGCACAAUGCAGCAUCCCUUUCGAUGGAGGAAAGCGAUGGAUCGCAUUGAUGGCGAAUACAUUGUUUUAUGA